UGCGAAAUUUGGAAAAGAGGUAAGUAUAGGCAUAUACCUAGUGUAAUGCAAUACAUUUUUAAUAAUGGCUUUGUUUUUAGAAAGAAACGACGACACAGAUAUUGGGUGAGUUAAUUUCUAUCUAGGCGAGAAAGUGAUGGCGCUACUCAAUUAAUGAAAGAACUUUUAGUGGAUAACAUAGGAUUAAAUGGAGAGUUACUCUCAUCGUUUCAGAAUUUUGUAAGAAUGUGUAGCACUGAUUUCGAGGAAUUAUUAAUGUUAAUUGGCAGUAAAAUUGCCAAACAAAAUACAAACUUUAGAGAUUCGAUUUCAAUUAAAGAUCGUUUGGCUGUAACAUUAAGAUACCUUGCUACUGGUGAUAGCUUCCAAAGUCUAAUGUAUCUAUCUAAAAUAUCAGUUACUGCAAUUUCACGAAUAGUACCAGAAGUAUGUGAAGCUUUAAAUGAGGUUCUUCAGAAUUAAAUAAAGGUAUUUGGCUACAGGAUCUUCAUUUCGAGCAAUGUCUUACAUAUUUAAAAGAGGUGAAACAACUAUUGGAAAAAUAGUUAAUGAAAGUUGUGAAGCCAUAUGGAAAGUCUUACAACCGAUUUAUAUGAAAAAACCAAGCACAAAUGAUUGGCUAAGUAUUUCACAAGAAUUUCUUCAAAGGUGGAAUUUACCUAACUGCGUAGGCGCAAUAGAUGGGAAACAUAUUCGGAUACAGAAACCUAUGAACUCAGAAUCAUCGUACUUUAACUAUAAAGAAUAUUUUUCCAUUCAUCUUAUGGCAUGUGCUGAUGCAAAUGGAUCAUUUACAACUGUCGACGUAGGGGAUUAUGGUCGGAAUAAUGAUUCAGGAGUAUUUAGAAAUUCAGGCUUAGGCCAAGCACUAUGUAAUAAAACAUUAAAUAUACCUGAGUCAGUGCCAUUGCCAGGUGAAGAGCAAUUCGGACAACCAUUUCCCUAUUAUUUUGCCGCAGACGAAGGUUUUCCUCUAUCAAUCAAUAUAAUGAGACCUUACAAUGGUAGAGCUUUGAACAAUAAUCGUCGAAUAUUUAAUUAUCGGCUAUCACGUGGACGAAAAAUAGUCGAGUGCGCCUUCAGCAUGCUUGUAUCCAAAUUUCGAGUAUUCGAAACGCCAAUCUCAUGUUCCGUUCAGAAAGUUGAUAAAAUCUUUAAGGCUGCUUGUGUUUUACACAAUUUCAUAAAAAACCGUGAUAAUAUUAUUUUAAAUCCGACUGAUGAUGCAACAAACAUUACCAAUAUCCCCAUAAUAAUAAACCAAAGAAGACCAAAUAACAAUUCAACAGAAUCUAGAGAAUACCUAUGUAAUUAUUUUCAGAAACCAUACGGCUUGGUACCAUGGCAAAAUAAAUAUACAGUAUAAUAUUUGUACAAUAAAAAAAUUAGUCCUACUUGUUUCAUUGAAUUUUUCGCCGAUUUUUGCGCAUAUGAGCUCUGUUGCUCUUGUAUUGCUGUACUCAGAGAGUUUGUAAUUAUAUAAGUGAGGAUUUUUCUCCACCUCACUGAUAAAUUCGAUAUUAAAAUCCACAUUGUCUUUCAUUAUGUCAAUUAUGGCAAACAUGUGGC